AUGGUACUUAUCACAUCACUAAGACAAUCAUUACUACAGAUAAGUAGGAGUAGUGGGUGUACUCUGACUAUUACUGCUAGAUUUCUUUCAAGAGGAUUAAAAAGUACAUCCCCAUUGAAAUUUCACGUACUUCCGUCAUAUCCAACUACUACACUACUACGCUCAUCAAUCACAUUACAGGAACAACUUAGAUCAUACUCAUCAUCAUCAUCAGUUGAAGAAAAGAAAGAAUUAACACCGGCACAAAUCCCAGUUAAAACUCAUCUUGAUGCAUCUAAUUUGAAAAAACAAGAAAUCAAACAAGAAAGACUUGAAGAAUUUCAAAAACAAGAAAAUAAGAAAACUUUUCGAGAGAAUUUAUCCACAAUUUGGAGGAUUGUUAAAUUAGGUAAACCAGAUUGGAAAUUAUUUGUAUUAGCUGUGGGGUUUAUUUUAUGCGCUGUAUUAUAUCCGACCACGGCAGUAAAACUUGUUGGAUCGGUAUUGGAUUCUUUUAAUAAUAAUAUUAAGGAUGAAAAUGGUCAAUUAAUGGUUUGGGGUUAUAGUGUAACUACAUUAUUUGGAUUUAUGGUACCAUUUAUGGCUCUUAGUGCAUUAUGUUUUUGGGCAAGAAUUUGGGUAUUGAAAUUAUUAGGUGAAAGAUUAGUAGCAAGAUUAAGAGCUAAAGUAAUGAAGAAUUUAUUACGUCAUGAUCAAGAAUUUUUUGAUAAUGAUAAACAUAAAGUUGGUGAUUUAAUUAGUCGAUUAUCAAGUGAUGCAUAUAUUGUUAGUCGAUCAAUUACUGCUAAUUUACCUGAUGGGUUGAAGAAUUUCUUAUUUGGGAUUAUUAGUUCAUAUAUGAUGUAUCUGAUUAACCCAAUCUUGUUUGGUAUGAUGUUGUUAAUUUCACCACCAAUUACUCUUGGAUCUGUAUGGUAUGGUGAAAAAAUUAGAAAAUUGUCUACUAAUUUACAGAAUGCAACAGCAGGAUUAACAAAAGCUUCUGAAGAGACAUUGAAUGCUAUUAAAUUGGUCAAUGCGUUUACUGGAGAACAAAAAGAAUUACGCAAAUAUUCUAGCAGAUUAAGAAGAGUUGUGGAAGUUGCCAAACAAGAAGCAUUUGCUCAAUCAAAUUAUUCUGUAUCUAUUUAUUCUUUAUAUCAUGUUGGAUAUUUAUCUUGUGUUGCCUUGGGUGUUUAUUUGAUGACAAAGGGAACAAUGUCUGCUGGUGAUGUGGUUGCAUUUACCAUGUACCUGGAAUUCUUCAAUAUGGCGCUUUACAGUUUAACAACCACAUAUUUGGAAUUAAUGAAAGGUGCUGGUGCGGGAGUUAAAUUGUUUGCUCUUAUGGACUACAAGAAUAAAGUUCCUCCUGUUCAAGGUGAAAAAGUAACUCCACUGCAUCCAUUGUUGGGUAAAAAUGAUAUUGAAUUCAAAGAUGUCACAUUCAGUUAUCCAACACGUCCAAAUCAUAUAGUUUUCAAUCAUUGUGAUUUCAAGAUUCAAGGUGGUACAAGUACUUGUAUUGUUGCACCAAGUGGUGCUGGUAAAUCCACUGUGGCAUCAUUAUUACUUCGAGCUUAUAAUAUCCAACUGGGAGAAAUCCUCAUCGGUGGUAAAGAUAUAAAAGAUUUCCAAGUCCGUGAACUUCGAAGAUAUAUUGUUGGUAUUGUUCAACAAGAACCAGUUCUAUUGUCAGGUACUAUAUUAGAGAAUAUCGUUUAUGGGUUAACCCCGCAAGAUGUUAGUAAAUUAACCAUGCAAGAUAUCAUUGAUGUAUCAAAGCAAGCUAAUUGUCAUGAUUUCAUAGUUGGAUUCCCUGAUGGUUAUGACACAGUGAUCGGUAAUAGAGGAGCAUCUUUAUCUGGAGGUCAAAAACAAAGAAUUGCCAUCGCUAGGGCAUUAAUCAAGAAACCGAGAGUUUUGAUAUUAGAUGAAGCCACUUCAGCAUUAGACUCCAAAUCAGAAGGGUUAAUUAAUGAAACAUUGAAAAAUUUGACUAAUGAAGGGUCCAUGACUAUAAUUUCAAUUGCCCAUAGAUUAUCCACUAUUUCUAAAUCAGAAUUCGUGGUUGUAUUGGGUAAACAUGGUCAAGUUGUCGAAACUGGUAAAUUUGUUGAAUUGUUUAGUAAUCCAGAUUCGGAAUUAUCUAAAUUAUUAGAUGAAUCAGCUACUUCACAACAAGAACAAAGACAAGAUGAAGAAGGUGAACAACACGAAGAAGAAGAACAAGAACAUGAUUUAACAGAAGAAGAUAUUCAACAUAUUAAUAGAGAAGCUGAAGAGAUUGAGAAUGACCAAGUUGCAUUUAGUAAAGCCAAAAAUUUGAUUGAAUCAUUACCAAAUGAUUUGAAACAACAGUUGCUUGAUGAAAUCAGACUUGAAGAAGAAGAAGAAGAACAACAACAACAACAACUCGAAGAGCAAAAAGAAAAGCCAUCAUCUUAG